AUGCACAAACUGGGAGUUAUGCUGUUGUAUAUGUUCCCUUCGUCGACGUCUGGUUAUGAUCUCAAUAAGCUGCAAACCUCCUUCAUCACUCUUGUAAACGAAAUCUAUUCCAUUCUCAUCGGUGAGCUACACAUUGACCGUCAGACUGGUGUCGUGAGCGUCAAGCAAACAGCUGAAGCAAGACAGAAAGGAUCUCACGGUAUCCGCUUUGAGACGAAUCUCAGCAGCUCAUUGACGACAGAAGAAGCGAUGAAGACGCUUUCGUGGGAGUUAAUGCCGACUCCAAGAGCUUCGACGGAACUUAUCUGUAUUAAAGGAACGCUCUUGUCAGAUGGAGGGCUCGUUAUUGGAUUGGAUACCAGCCACACACUACUCGAUGGAGAGGGAACCUUCACCUUCAUGAAGGCGUGGGGUCAGCAUUACAGUGAUGUACCGAAACAGGAGCGUUUAGUGAGCAAUCACGAUCGCUUUUUACUUAAAGGAACGGGUGAGCCAUCGAAAUUGGCUCAUCCAGAGUUCCAAGUCGUCGACGUGCACCCAGCUGUUGCUGGUAAUGUAGAAGCGCCGGUACCACCGUGUACCGCUCAGCAUCGCUUCCAUUUUACUCCUCUAAAUCUACGUCGGAAUCCAACGUAUGUGAGCACUAUUGACGCCAUCACGGGGCUAUUUACGGCUCUAAUAUCUCAAGCGCGUGGACAUGGCAAGGAUGUAAAGGUGACGACGGCGGUGAAUGCGCGUAUGCGUUGUCGUCGUACCAGGCUCAGGAAUUAA